AUGGCUGCUAAAUAUAGGGAUAAUUUCAUAGAUUCUUCUAAUGUUUCUGAUACGACAGUUGAAUUAUCAAGAAUGCUUUACCUUAUCGAAGAGGAUAACAACAUUCCACUUGUUUCUUUGGAAGAAGCUGUCUAUCCACUCGUUCCAUUUGUCCCAGAACUAGAAGAGAUGAUUUCGACAGUGAAAAAACAUUCUAAUAUAGCAAAAAAUACUUUAACAAAUGAUGAAUCAAGUUCAAUUUUACUAUAUACGAUAAAAUGGAAGCCAAUAGACAAAUCAUUUCAUGUCAUUCUUAAUACUACAUUAGAAACAAAAAAUCAAACGUUAUUGAAACUAUGGUUUCGUUAUCUUAAAUUAAUGAUGACUGCUUUAAAUAAACUUCCAACAGAUUCUACUCGUCUUACUAUUUAUCAUGCUGUAAAAUUGAAUUUAAUGGCACAAUAUCCUGUGGGAAGAACAUUUGUAUGGUGGGGUUUUACAUUAUGUACAAUGUCUCUUGAUGUCCUCAAUAAUGAAUAUAUUUUGGGUCAAAAUGGAGCAAGAACAUUAUUUAUUAUUGAUAGUAAAUCUGGUAAAAAAAUUUGCAAACAUUCGUUUUAUCCUAAAGAACAAGAAGUGUUACUGCCUUGUGCUUGUCGAUUUCAAGUAACAGGUUGUUUCGAUGCAGGCAAUGGAUUACACAUUAUUCACUUGAAGGAAGUUCAACCAACACAUCAAGUGAUUGCUCCUGUUCGACGAAUUGCAAAGACUAUGAUGAAUAAUAAUUUCAGAAAAUCUCUUACGUUACGCCCUCCACAGUCAUUAUCUGUAUCUCCACCACUCAAAAAAACUUCAACUGAGUAUUUAAAGAAAAGAGUGAGUGUUAUAGAGCCUAUGCAAAAAUCAUCAAUUGAACUUGCAAAACCAAAACAAAUAAAUGUAUUGCUUCAACGCAUCAAUCCCAAAGUACAAAAAUCGGUUGAAUCGUUACUCGCAGAUCCGAAAUUGAUCACUCUAGAUCUUUCACGAAUUCAAAUUGGUGAUCAAGAAGCAAAAGCUCUUGCCUACGCACUCCAACAAAACAAAACGCUAACUACAUUAGAUCUAGAACACAAUCUUAUUGGACCCCAAGGAGCACAAAGUCUUGCUAACGCUUUAAAAGAAAACACAACACUGACAACAAUAAGUCUUGAAAAUAAUCGAAUUAGUGAUCAAGGAGCACAGUAUUUUGCUAAUACUUUGCUACAAAAUAAAACAUUGAGUACACUUAAUCUUCGUUCGAAUCAAAUUAGACCACAGGGAAUACAACAUCUUGCUAAUGCAUUACAACAAAAUCGAAAACUCACUACAAUAAAUCUUCGAUCCAAUAUGAUCAGUAAUUUAGGAACAAGUUAUCUAGCUAAUUCUUUACAGCAAAAUCAAACUCUUAAGACACUUAACCUUGCAAGCAAUAGAAUUACAGCAAAAGGAGCUCAAAAUCUUGCCAAUGCUUUACAACAAAACAAAACUCUUACUACACUUGAUCUUGAAGAUAAUGAUAUUGGAACACAAGGAGUACAAUAUCUUGUUAAUGGUCUACAACAAAACAAAGUAAUCUAA